CAUAGGAUUGAACGUUAAUGCUAGUCAAAUACUAAACAUGCUUAACCUGUAUGUUUUAUUUGUAAGGGUUUUUAUAGCAUGUUCGAUUGUAGUUCAUUCCCUGAAUGCGUUCAGUAAUUUUGCAACGAAAACGUCAUAUGAUUCGAUUCACAAUCCAGAUGAUCUUGGCGUUGAAGAUGAAUUCAACAGCGUUGACGUUAACAAAUUGACAUGUCAAGCAGCGCACGCAAGUGCGUUGAUAAGACACGGUACACGAUUCCCAGGCCAGAAUGACGUACAUGAAAUAUCCGAGAUUCAUAAAGUGAUGAAAGAUCAUUUAGAUGAAUUAAAAUUUGAAACUCUUACAAAAUGGACCAAUCAUUUUCCAAAUAAUAAUGAAAAGACACUAAUGGACAUGGGGGAGGACGAACAGUUUCACCUUGGGCGGAGAAUGGCUCACAGGCUAAAGUCUCUUUUCGUAGAUGAAAACAUUGAUGAUGAUUUUCGUUUUUCUGUAUCCAGCAAACAGAGAAGCCAGGACAGCGCUCGUGCAUUUUUUGAGGGAUUCACAGAGGUUCUGACAGGCGAAGCUUCUGAUGAUAUUGAUCCUGAACUUAGUGAUGAAACACUGAGAUUUCAUGAAAGAUGUCACAAGUUUAUUAUCACUGUUGACCGUAAUGAGACGGCACUUCAUGAGUACAAAAAAUUUAAACAGAGCAAACUGAUCCAAAACAUUCUGAGCAAAAUUGUUUCAAAGUAUGCUCUUCCACCAGAUGUAUUAUCAGCAGGAAACAUCCGAACAAUGUACAUUAUUUGUGCUUACGAAAUGGCACUGUUCAAGAAGUCUCCCUGGUGCGAUAUGUUUGAUGAAGAAGAUGCUAAAGUCAUAGAAUAUCUUUCUGACCUAAAGCAUUACUACAAAAAUGGGUAUGGCUAUGACAUCAUUCGUGAGCAGAGCUGCCCUCUUGUGGCCGAUAUGUUUGGAAUAAUGGAUGAUGCUAUUUCCGCGCUCGAGGAGCCGCUGGAAGACAGCGAUGAAGACACUGCAGCAUAUACGCUUGGAAAUUUCUACUUUGGACAUGCCGAAACAAUUGGACCAUUAUACGCAGCACUGGGAUUGUUCAAUGACUCCGAACCACUAAGGGCAGAUAACUACGACAAGCACCACAACCGUCUUUUUCGUACAAGUAACAUUAUUCCAUUCUCAGCAAAUCUGAUGUUUGUGCUGUACGAAUGUGAACCACAGAUUUCCGAUACUGAAGACGACACUGCAGAAUACAUGCUCAAACUCUUUGUUAAUGAAAAGGUUCAGAAAAUACCAGGAUGUGAUGGCGACAUCUGUCCAUACGAAUAUGUCAGGAAGAGAUACGAGAAAUAUAUUGAUGACUGUAAUUUUAGAAAAACUUGUGCUGUUGGAUAUAAAGUGAAAGAUGAAUUAUGAAGGGAAUGUAGUCCAUGUUCCAACAAUUAAUGCAAAAUAAUAGGUCUCACAAUGAAAAAGGUUUCGUUUUAGCCUAUUUUCAGAAAUUUGCAGCAUUUCUGUGAAGCAUGAUUGAGAUGUGACUAAUUUAUUCAGAACAAAAAAGUUAGUCAGAUACUAAAUAUUCUGCCAAUCUGUACAAUAAUUGAAGAGUAUUUUUUUAAACCUCUUACAUGCACAGUUAUUUUCUGAAACUGGAUUAAAUGCCUUUAUAUGGUUGAUAUAAACCAGUGGUAUAUGGUUGAUAUAAACCAGUGGUAUAUGCAUGGUGCAUCUCAGAAGUUGGUCCCAAUGCACAAGUUUCUGAGUAAUUGUUGCUAUGUAUGCCAUCGUGGUUGCUAAGGAAGGUACAUUAACAUGUUCAAAACAUAGCUUUUUCAAUCUGUUACAAUCUAUAACCUAUUUAUAGGUCCACUUUGGUGACUUUUUAAAAUUAGUAUGAAACCCACUUGGCUGAUCAGUUUAAGCAACUGUUUUGAUGUUGAUAAUUUUUCUUAAUGUUCCAGAUUAUAUGAGACAAUGGUGACUUAUUAUUAUUAUUAUAAUUAUCAUCAAUUCCUUUGAAAUCCAGGGAGCAAUAUUACAUGCAAAUCGUUGUUUGGUUACACAACUUUAAAAAUAAGCGAACUGCCAAUUGGUUUCAUGAAAGAUUACUUUCUCUAAUUAAAAGUUACAAACAUCGGGAUCAUCGAUCACCAGCAGAACAUUAUUCAGUAAAUAUAUAUAGCAAACAUCAGCCUCUAUUACCAAAACAAAUUUGAAAACAAAAUGUUUUGGAGUUAAAAGUGUUUGACAUAUAAGAAACAUUGUUUUUCUCAAAUUGGCAUAGAUCUCCAUGUGGAUUUAACAUUCAUGUUUUGUAAAAACACUCAUCAGUUAGGCGAAAUUGGCUAAACUCAUGUUAAAUCCAUGUUAGGCUUCUGAUAGGAUCUAGGUUGUGUUUGAAAAAGUUUGAAACGUUUUAACUCUGACUUCUUUACAGAAUUCUUGUACAGAUGAUGCCAUUUAAUUGUAUCAGGCUGUUUCCGAAUUGAUGACUGUCGGAAGAAAACCAAAACAGGUUACCUUUAUAGCAAAUACAUGUGACAAUAAAUUUCUUAAAGGGAAUCUCCUGAGUUUGAGGUUUUCGACAAAUAAAAUAUAUAUACGUUA